AUGGCUCUCAGCUUGGACGGCAGUCUUCCAGCCUUCUUGUCGAGCCGUUGGCCUGGCCCUUGGACUUGGCCAUCUUGGCCCUGGCCGGAGCGUCGAGACAGGACAUGUGUCACCGGCAGUACUGGACGACAUGUGUGGAGCUUGUCAGUCUUUGUCAUCCUGCAGCGGACCCCGCGAGUUCAUGCCGGCAGACGUACCAUCUUCGCGAGGGCUUCCCGGCGUCAGACUGGCAAAGCACUUCAGCUGAGUCGUGAUAUUGGACGGCUGACUCAGCCAGACGAAAUUCUGGCAUUCGUGAAAGACCACGUGCAUGAGUUCAGCUUCGUCCAUGCGGUGUCUUGCUUCAGCCGAUUGGGACGGAUGAGACACAAGACUCGUCAAAGCUGGUCUGCCUCAGAGCCUUUCCAGAACCUUGUAGCGGCAAUUGACGACUUCGGUGAAAGGGGUGAGAUGGAUGCAGAAGCCUUGCGCGCCACCCUCGUAGCGGCGGUCUACCUGGCGAAUGGAGACAUAGUGCGACGGAUGGUGUCGAAAUGCGCUACAGCAUUACUGGCGAAGCUUCCGGCAGCAAGCUUGCCAGAGCUGGCAAACAGCGCCUGGGCUCUCGGGAAGCUGGAGCACUGCAACGAGAAGCUGCUGCGGGGUAUCUCAUCGGAGGUGCUUAGAAAAGUGGCAAUUGGACAGGCGAUGAGUGUGCGGGACGUGCAGAAACUGGUCUGGGCACUGGCAGCCUUUGGUUGGCACGAGGAUCCAUCGCUCUUCCGCUGCUUGAGUGCUAAUGUGCAGAUGCAUUGCAACGAAAUGUCAGCGGUGGAUGCGAGCGUCAUAGCCUUCUCCUUUGCACGACUUGGCGUGGAAGAUUCAGCGCUUUUUCGAGUGCUCUCCCAACACGUACAAGAUCGCCUGCUCGUUGACCUCAAUGCGCAGGGCAUAGCCAAGGUGGCCUACUCGUUUGCAGUUCUGGGCCACGCCGCCGAGGAGCCUCGGCUCUUCCGGGCCUUGGCCGCUGAGUCCGCCAGGCGGAUUGCAGCUUUUGGGGCGCAGGAGCUGGCCAACCUAAUGCAAGCUCUGGUUUGGUGCCGCGCUGCAGGCUGCGCCAUCUUCGCGAGCCCCGAGGUUCAGCGAUUCCUCGCCUUGGCUUCAAGAAGGUGCAUGGAGCUGUGCCCUUCCGCUAUUCCGAAGGAUUUGUGCUGCUUCGCAUGGUCUUUUGCAUCGUUAGGGAGCCACUGCGACAUAGUUCUUCCAGCUGUGGCCGAAGCCUCCAUCUAUCGAGUUCCCGAUUUCGAUCCUCGAUUUCUGAGUGGUCAGCUAGCCUGGGCUUUCGCAAGUACAGGUACCGUCAACCCGGCAUUGUUCGAUGCCAUUGCCGUGGCCGCUUUGGACCGCAAGCGUUCAUAUGCACCACGAGACAUAUCGAACCUUGCCUGGUCCUUUGCGAUGUUGGGACAUCGAAGCCUCGUCCUGUUCGACUCCUUGUGCGGCAGGGCUAUAAUAGCCCUCGAGCGGUUCAACAGCCAGGACCUGGCCAACAUGUUGUGGGCCUACUCUCAUCUGGGCAUUCGAGCACCGGCGCUCUUCGCAGCGAGCGAAGAGCGGGUGAAAGCAACUAUUUCAAGGCCCAGUCUUCAGGAGCUUUCCAGUAUUGCCUGGGCAUACGAAAACGCCGGCAUGAUGAGCUCCGCUCUUCUGCUGGCUAUUGAGCGCGAGUUCGCAAAGAGGUUGCUUCUGGGACCUGGCAAAGCGCGGCCUGCGCAACGUGCCCGCGAUGUGAAAGCACUCUUGAGACAGUUGAGGUCGACAGGUCUUCUGCGGCAUGACAUUACAAAGACAGCAAAAGCGGAGCUUCAGAAGCUUGGAAAAAUGCAGGAUGCGGUGAUGCCUGUUGAGUGCUCGCGCGGACGAGGCCUCGCCGUCGGCGCUGAGCUUCCCCGUACCGCGCUGAGACCAUGCGGCUUUAUUGAUUUGUAUCUGCGCCUGUGGCUGUCGCCACUCCUGUCCGAGUUACGUUGCGUAAGACCCUAG